AUGGUCGCCGCCGCCAUGCUCAGCUCCCUCGCUGCCCUCCUUGUCGUCUACCUCUUCAUGCCCGCCCUCUGGUUGUCCUUCCUGAACGACGACCCGUUCGACUACCAUGACCACGGCCGCACACUCGUCGCGUCCAGGAACCCAUUCCGAGAGACGGGACCGCCGGCGAAUAUGGCUAAGCUCAUCUUGCUGCGGCAUAAGCAACAGGAAGCGGCGAAACUCCUCGCAGGCGCGCCCUUCCCAGCGACCAUCCUUCCACGUCGUGCAGUCCCCGCGCCCGAAAAACGCCUGGAUACGCCUCGGGAGACCCUUCGGCGGACGCCAGCACCACUGAGUCGAGCCGAGCACGCCGUCGCCCGCGCCAGCAUUCGUGCUGCCCGCGUCGACGCCUACUCUGCCCGCGCCAGUGUCCACGCUACCCCGCUGUCGCUUCUCUCACAUACCUCUGCUCCCCGCAUGCCGCCGCCCGUGGAUGCGUAUCUUAUUCUUACUUCCGACGAUACCCCCCAUCCUCGAGCACCCAUGCUCGGACUGUAUAUCACACUAGGGAUCCAGCAAGACUUUCGUGUUCACCGGAGACUCUAG